AUGCAGUGCGAGGCUUGUACCGCAGCAUUACAUAGCGCUUUUGUCUGCCUCCCCAACCUCCAUGAUCCACCCAGCCUCCCCAACCUCCGUGAUCUACCCAACCUCACUGAUCUACCCAACCUCACUGAUCCACCCAGCCUCCCCAACCUCCAUGAUCCACCCAGCCUCCCCAACCUCCAUGAUCUACCCAACCUCACUGAUCCACCCAGCCUCCCCAACCUCCAUGAUCUACCCAACCUCACUGAUCCACCCAGCCUCCCCAACCUCCAUGAUCCACCCAGCCUCCCCAACCUCCGUGAUCUACCCAACCUCACUGAUCUACCCAACCUCACUGAUCCACCCAGCCUCCCCAACCUCCAUGAUCCACCCAGCCUCCCCAACCUCCAUGAUCUACCCAACCUCACUGAUCCACCCAGCCUCCCCAACCUCCAUGAUCUACCCAGCUUCACUGAUCCACCCAGCCUCCCCAACCUCCAUGAUCUACCCAGCUUCACUGAUCCACCCAACCUCACUGAUCCACCCAGCCUCCCCGCUCUACCUAGCUUCAUCCUGACUGACCCACCCAGCCUCCCCGAUCUACCCAGCCUCAUCCUGACUGAUCCACCCAGCCUCCCCGAUCCACCCAGCCUCAUCCUGACUGAUCCACGCAGCCUCAUUUAUCCACCCAGCCUCAUCCUCGCUGAUCCACUCAGCCAGUCUCACCCAUCCAGCCUCACUGAUCCAACCCCUACCUCAUUCUUACUGGAAUCCACCCAGCCUUACUGA